AUGUCCUCUCCAUCCUACUACGAUUCUGAUGAUAUCGGAGAUUCCAACGAACCUGAGGAUAUAUUUCAGACUAUCAAAGAGGUCGAGGAGGAUUUUGGGCUCGUCAAGCACCGCGUACCUUCACGCCGUCGUCAAGCAGAAGAAAUGGGAGACCCCGAAGACUACGAAGCGUUCGCAGCACGACUCGCAAGCGACCCCUUGGCCCGACCAAGAGCAAAAAAGAGUCGUCUUCAAGUCAUACGCCAUCGUCAAGAGGAAGAGAUGGAGGCGCCCGACGUGACACGAGCGUUUCAUUUCGUCCUUUCUUUAGAACCAAGGGUCAGAAUGCAGCUUCUCCGUGACAUCGAUCAAUUCGGUAAAGCUCAUCGUGGGCGUGAUGGUCUGGCAAAAGGAACUCUAGUAGGCAAAGAGAGAACAAAGGCCGGCUUCAUGGUCCCGGCUCUUUCGAGAAGGAGAGAUGAGCUGCUAAGAAUGGUGAAAGUAGUUCCUUUUCCGCCCAUGUCAGUACAAGAGCAAUCACAUGUCAGAGAAGCUAUGGCAGCUCAAGCUCGAGCCUUAGUCAAGUACUAUGACCUCGGACAUCCUAGGAAUGAAUCGCAAGAAGACUCCGACCGGUCAGACAAAGAGCAAGUCAAAGCGGGAGGAGACAUUUUGGGGAGAGAGGGUAAUGAUGCCGGAAAAUCGAUGGAUGCGAAGGUGGAACGCGGGUGGGAGACGGGAGACGGGUGGGAGAUGGGAGACGGGUGGGAGAUGGAAGACGGUUGGGAGAUGGGAGACAGGCGGGAGAUGGACCAAAUGGGGACGAACGAGGCAGGAGAAUUCUCGGAAGAAGACGAGUCAGAGGGAGAUGAGACUGUAGAUGAAGGGGACGGUUCAGAGGAAGCAGAGGGUGUAGGAAUACGCAGUGAGGGGGUCAGAGAAUGUAGGGUACAACUGGCCGGCGCUGCACCCACCCGAGAGUACAAUUCCAUGGCGCUACCUAAGAGUAAAGUGACCAGAUCCAUAAAUAACCCUCAUCAGACGGCCGACGAAGAUGAUUCGGACCCUGAGACAGACACACUGGAUUCAACAUUCCUCUCUUUCCUCCCAGAUUGUAGGGAUUGGCGAGAUAGACUCGAUGAGGAGAUGUUUGAGCUCGGCAUUGGACCAUCAGUGUUUGAAGACAAUGCCAUCUCGUUUGAUAACAGCCAUAUUCCCGCAUCCUUCUUUGACGAGCAGGGAAAUUUCAAGUGGUGA